AUGUCCCAUGGUCCUCACAACGAGAAGCACUCGCCAGCUCUUGUGGAGUUGGAGGGAGCUCGACCGCCUGUCAAUGAGAUUUCUUCGGGAUGGAUUCGACGCAGUACUUUAUUUGAGCGUAACAAGUUUCUCGGAUGGAAAUUACAAAUGCUCUUCUUCUGUUUAGAGGGUCAGCCACAUAUCACUAUGGCCAUGAAACGAUCGCUUUGUGCGUGUGUGGCCACUGGUACCGCCACCGCCCCACCUCCUCUUCCGCCGCCGCCGCCUCCGCCACCACCACCGCCACCGCCACCGCCACCGCCACCGCCACCGCCACCGCCACCACCUCCGUCAUCGCAGUCGCUCGAAAUGGUUGGCACAUAA